AGUGGAGAAGUCACGUGACCCGCGCGUCAAAGAAAUCAGCUGAGGGCUCGGAGUUUCACUCAGGAAAUCCAGGCCUCCAUCAUGUAUGGAUCAAGAGAAGUCGAUGCCAAUGUCCUGGCACAGACUAUUAGUUCAAAUAUCCAGAGAAUAACACUGCUAACCAAUGAAAUCCAGCAGUUGAUGAGACAUCUUGGAACAGCACAAGACACAAGUGACCUGCGACAGACAUUGCAGGAGAAGCAGCAGAGUGUUAAUCAACUUGCCAAAGUGACAGAUAAAUGCAUGAAAGAUUUCAGCUCUUUACCUGCGACCACAGAACAGAGGCAAAGAAAGAUCCAACGAGAACGCCUCAUCACUGAAUUCUCCAACGUGCUGGCCAUUUUCCAGAAAGCUCAGCGAGAGGUUGCAAAGAAAGAGAAGGAGUUUGUGGCUCGUGUUCGUGCAAGCUCCAGAGUUUCAGGUGUAGAUAUCGACGAUGUGUUCGGAAAAGCUGAUCCAGCAUUCCAAAGUGAGUUCAGUGCUCAAGCUCAGAGCUAUGAGGAGAACAUCACAGAAGAAGAUCUGCGGCUCAUUCAGGAAAGAGAAUCUUCUAUCAGACAGCUGGAGUCGGACAUCACAGACAUUAAUGAAAUCUUCAGAGAUUUGGGCAUGAUGGUGCAUGAACAGGGAGAUAUGAUUGACAGUAUAGAGGCCAAUGUAUCAAACGCAGAAAUCAGUGUGCAGUCGGCCACAGAACAGCUCCAAAGAGCAGCAGGUCACCAGACGUCAUUCCGGAAGAAGAUUUUCAUCCUGGUGGCUGUUCUGGCUGUGGUGGCUCUCAUUAUUGGUUUGAUCAUCUACGCUUCUGUCAGCAAAUGAGUCUAUAUCAAAUCUCUCUGAUUUUUGCACUGGCAUGUUUGUAAUGCUUUCUAACUGCAGUUAAGUCCCAUUCACACCAAGAAUGAUCACUACCAUGUCAAUGAUAAAGAAAUAGCUCUAAAAGUCAUCAUAAAUACAAAAGAAUUGCAGUCAACACAUCAAAUAUAAUGACAACAGCACUGAGAAAUACAAUUGUUGGAAUCAGUUUCAGAAUUAACAGCCAAUCAGAAUAUACGUUUUUAAGUGCCUCUAUUAUGUUUUUUCGAAUACUACCUCCCAUGCAAUUUUAUGAAUGUGAAAUAAUCACUGCCAUAUGAAUCUACAUGCAUCAUAUCUGCAGAUUCUGCACUUUGUUGUUUAUGAUGAGAGAAUUCACUAAAUACGUGACAUAACUCGCAUAUACAGUCAAAGGAAAACUAUUAGCCCUCCUUUAAAAUGUUUUAUUCUCUUUCAGAUAUUUCCCAAGUGAUGUUUAAUAGAGCGAGGACAUUUUCACAGUAUUUCCUUUAAUAUGUUUUUAUUAUGACUAGAAGGUCAAUAUUUUUUCCGAUUGGAUGCAGAACAAACCACUGUUAAACUAAUUCAACUAGUUAAGCCUUUAAAAUGCACUUUAAGAUGAAUACUAGUACCUUCUUCCAUUUUAAAAUGACGUCUGUACGUCAAACAUCACUUUGGAAAUAAUUGAAAAAAUUCACAAGGCUAAGAUUUUCUACUUCAGCUGUACAUACAUGAAACAACUGCAUACAUCUAUAUUUUACUACUUAAACCUCAAACCAUUACUGUAAAAAUGCUUUCAUACAAUAACAUGAACCCUAGACUGAUACAUCUACACUACCUGACAAAGGUUUUGUCGCCUAUUUAAAUUUUAGGAACAACAAAUAAUAGCUUGACUUGGUCAUUUGGUAUAAGAAGUGGCUAAUAUAAAAGGCAAAGGCCUCUAGAUUACGCUUAUUUGACCAAAAUAAAAUAUGAUCAUGCCUUGAUUUUUAAUUAUUUAAUUAGAACAGUAAGGUCUGACUUUGCUCAGACAAAAGUCUUGUCACUGAACAGAAAUAAUGUCCAGUAUAGAAUAUAAAGUCAUGCUGCAGUAAAAAAAGUUAAUAUUGUGUCUGACUCCCAUGAGCUUGGAGGACUGCAUCCAUACAUCUCUGGAAUGACUCAAAUCACUUAUUAAUAAAGUCACCCAGAGUUCAUCAGGAUUAUUUGGAUUCAUCUUUAAUGCCUCCUUCUUCAUCUUACCCCAGACAUGCUCAAUAAUGUUCAUGUCUGGUGACUGGGCUGGCCAAUCCUGGAGCAAUCCUUGACCUUCUUUGCUUUCAGGAACUUUGAUGUGGAGGCUGAAGUAUAAGAAGGAGCGCUAUCCUGCUGAAGAAUUCGCCCUCUCCUGUGGUUUGUAAUGUAAUGGGCAGCACAAAUGUCUUGAUACCUCAGGCUGUUGAUGUUGCCAUCCACUCUGCAGAUCUCUCGCACGCCCUCAUACUGAAUGUAACCAAACCAUGAUUUUUCCUUCACCAAACUUGACUGAUUUCUUCGAGAAUCUUUGGUCCAUGUGGGUUCCAGUAGGU